AUGAGCCUGCUCCUUUUGCGGAAUAGUUCUCAAAAUAGACUGGAUAUCUAUCCCCUAUCAAGAGCCGUGGACUGGGAUAUACGAAGGGAGAAGGUAAAGGAAGUAUUUGUAACGAGUUGGGAUGCAUACUCAAAGAAUAUAUGGGACCAGGAGAUUAAUACCUUCGAAACAAUAAUCCACAUACUAGGCGGACUACUCUCUAUACAUUACCUGGCGACCCAGUUGCCCGAUAUCUCUUCUCGGCGGGACUACGUCUAUUUAAACAAGUCAAUCGACCUCGCGGAUCGCCUUCUCAGCGCCUAUAAGUCUAGAUCUGGGAUUCUAUACGCGAGCAUUAACUUGGGGACCGGAGCCGAGAUAAAAUAUCUAACUUAUUUUAUAGGGAAAGAGCUAUAUUGGCGCAAAUCGGAAGAGGACGGGCUUCUUCCUAUUUUUAUCUACCCAGAUACCGGUCGAUUUACCUCUUCGGAAAUUCGCCUGGGAAAUCGUAGCGAUUCCUAUUAUGAAAUCGGGAGCCUCUUGUCUCCGAAGAUGGAUUAUCUCGUCUACUUCUUGCCCGGCUCUAUUAUACUAGGUAUAACAGGCAGCCUUAUACUUGUAAGAGAGCUUAUAAAGAUGUACUGGGGCAUAUAUACGGUUACAGAAACUGGGCUCGCGCCUGAGAUCGCCUGUGCGGGACUAUUUCCUUCUAGUAGUAACUUUAAGACUGCCUGGAAGAAAGACUAUAUCGGCUAUACGUCUCUUGAUAACGUUAAUGCGGUCCCGCCGGUGCGGAGAGACAAUAUAGAGAGUUUUUGGCUAGCCGAAACUCUGAAGUAUUUAUAUUUGCUAUUCUCGCCGAUAGACUUCCUCCUAUUAGAUGGGAUUGUUUUUAAUACUGAGGCGCACAUCUUCCCCCGCAUAAAGCAGGACAGGUUUCAGACUGGAUAG